AUGCUUGCCCUCUGGAGCCUUCUAUCGAUUCUCGCCGUCACCGGCGUUAGCGCCGCAACCCCCGACGAGGACCUCAAGAACCGUCCCAUCAUCAACAGCUACCCUAAUGGCAAGAUCGACAAUGACCUCUUCUCCACUCUGCAGAACCACGCCAAAGCCCCUUGGCAGUGGGUUUGGCCCGACUCGAGCCAGAACGUCAGGGACUCCAUCCCUCGUGCUUGCUAUGACCACGCCCGGCGUGAGAAUCUCGACCCCAAGGACGUGUCCGUUUAUGACCUCAACCACGAUGACUGCGGCCUCACCCACCGGCUGUGUCGCCACAAAGACGCCAAAAUGUCCGUCGAGAAGGUCGCCGAGCACGUUGGCAGACUCCCCGCUAAGCUCCGUGCGCUGGUUCAGAACAUCUUCAUUGCUCCUGGAGCGGAGAGUGCUUACUACUCUGGUAACAUCAUCCUGUACCGCGGCGAUCUGAACCUGGGCUCCCUGUACCACGAGUUCGGCCACGCCCUCGACGACCACUGCCCCUUCCCCGAUAAGAAGAAGCUGGCCCACGACACUCAGGCCUGGAUCGACGCCUUCUACAAGGACGACCACGUCACGGAUGAAUACGCGAAGAGCAACCAGGGCGAGAACUUUGCCCAGAUCACCGUCCACAGCCUGUACGACCUCAAUGUCCCCGGCGGCAUCUCCAACCUCGGCACGCAGACCGACGGCAGGAACAACUGGGACCUCUAUGACGACGAAAGGCACGCCCAGAUGCAGUACUGCAAGGAGUACCUUGCCGCUAAUAAUGGUGCCAACUGUGGCAACGUCAAGGAUGACUGGGACUUUGUCAACAAGAACACUGGCGAGAAGGUUGAGAACCCCUACGUCUAA